AUGGCCUACAUGCGUGGCCGGGGCACGCGAGAUAACCCUCUCGACAUAGAUGGCGUACAGACAAUAGACAUUCCCACCCCCGAAUAUUCUGAGCCUAGGCCAUUUAGACGGCCUCGCAGUCCUAUUCCCCUCAGCGUUGCCAUUGUCAAUGUUGACUCGGAUGACGAUGACGUUGUAGAAGCUUUCUCUGCGAACGGCUGGAUCGAGGCACGAAACAAGGCUGAACAGCGUCUACGAGCUCCAGACACCGCACCGGGAAGCCGUCUUCCAGAAGGGCAGGACGUGUCAAGGAGGAAUCCUUCUAGUAUCACAUCCCACCCUGCAAUCAAUACGAGCGAUGAUGGACCCCCAGUCUCGCAGGUCCCACGUUCAUCAGCAAUCAAAUAUCAUGGAACGCAGUCUCAGAACUCGCCAACCAACCUGGUUGCUCAAGGUGCCGGGAGCACAAAUGGCAAGGAGCCAUCAACAUCGAACAUUCCUAAAGACCUUGCGGCGGCCCCACCACCACCAAGCCCUUACUUUGGUGUGGGAAGAAGGCAGCUCAGCAAUGGAUUGUGCAACACUACGCCAACCUGGGAAGACUCUGGACAAAGUUCGCGUUCUCGGAGUGCUACCAUGAUCAACGAAAGACAGCGGGCCAGGAAAACGGUGACUCCACGAGACGAGAGAUGGUCAAAACCACGGCGUUUGAAAAACAAAAUUGCAUUCUCCUUAGGGGCAUCCCCUCAGACAUCAGCAAAGGAAGCAACUCCUGAUAUUCCAAAUCGUGUCGAACCAAAGGCACAGUCUCCACCACAACCUUUCGCUUCAACAACGUCACCUUCUAUCACAGCAGAACCUAGCGGACUCAAUGAUACCACAGCUCCAGUAACCAUGAAAAGUGCAGCUGAACAGCCACUUGCAAUGCCUAACCAGGGUGAUGGAAAUCAACCUUCAUGCCAGGAUUCGCCUGUGCCAAGAUUGAUGAUUCCCACGGAUGAUAUCGAACGAGCGCGCUUAGCGGUGAAGAAGUGUCUUCAGCGUCAUCUGCAGACGCGCUUUGAAGCUCACGCAUAUAUGACCUCGUCGGUACUGUGGCGCCAAAGGACGUGUCAAGAGGCGGAAAGCCACACCCAGCGCACUCAUCUAAGAAAGCCCACUCAAAUGGGCAACCACAUGCAGCAUGUUUCCCCUUUCAAAGAUAUGCCAGUGGUACAGAUUCGUCAUGACAAAAGCCCAAACACUGCAAAGGGCAGAUUGAUCACGCAGGACACCUUCACCAAAGCUAAGCCAAAUACAGCUGUGAUUUCAUCUUGGACAUGCCCUCCGACAAUCUAUACAUUCAAUGCAACUAUUGUGCCACCUUUCAAAGAAUACAUUAGUUUGAACACCAAUCUACUUGCGGACAACGAGUCCAAGCUACUCGCCACUCCACUGAUUCCAGAUGAAACAGACGAGAGCCGUGGCAAGCUCGUAGAACAACUUCCUAUUCACUACGAGAUGAAGCACGAUGCGAAAGGACCUCUAGAUCUGCGAAAUGAGCAAUGCCGAUUUUACAAACGAAGUAUUGAAGGUUUCCUCGAAGAAGUUGGCAUGACCUGGGCACCGAUCGUGUAUUGGCUACUGGCGCCAGAUCAAACUGUCGAGCAGAUUAACGGGAGUGUAGCCGGCUGUCGAGAAUUUGAGACAUUCGUGCUUGAUAGAUGUCGUUACAGCAUCGAAGAGUUUGAGAGAGAUGGGGAGAUGAAGAUCUCUAUCCUGUUCGACCGAUCAAGCAAGAAAUGCUGCGAUUUCUUCUCCAAGUUGAGCACAAUAACAGCGGAGGAGAUGAGGAUUUCCGCAGUCAUUGCUGAAGCAGUAUUGGAGGAAUGCAGCUUCAGCCUUUGGUACAUGGCCAAACAGUCGGACCUCUUCCAGGAAUACGUACAAAAGAAAACCGAGGGCGCGCAAUCUGAACAAAGGCUGUCCUAUAGGCAAGCCGUUUGUCGAGUUUGCCACCAACACAACUGUUUCUUCCACGGCGAAAUUCGCGAAGUGCCUGACGAUGACUUUGACCUUGAUUUGAGUGAGCACAGCAGUCAAAGUGACAACGAGGCCGAAGAUGAACCGAGCAAAGACCAAGAUCGUCGAAACGUUCUCAGCCCCGAACAGAAUGAGUCCUCGCCGUCCGACGAUUCUGAUGUUGACUCACGCGUGCCUGCUCAUUGGGACAGUGACUCUGACCUCGAACGAGUCAUCAGCUAUAGAGUUCCAAUGAACUCCGAAGCUCAAAAAUAUAUACCAAAAGAAGUUUCUGAUUCGAUCAAGCGCCGCAAACCACCAGAGGGGAAUUUUAGAGCGGAGUGGUGGCAAAAUAACUACUCGACCUUGAAGUGGGACAGAAGGAAACCAUUUUAUCCAUGUAAACACCCUGGGACAAGUUGCGACCAGGCACAGUGCCGGUGUUAUCGGGAAGUAAUCACGUGUGAGAAGAGUUGCGAAUGCUCGCCUUCAUGUAAUCGAAGGUUUCCUGGCUGUAAUUGCGCACAUGGCUACGGGAAGAUCUGUGCAGACAUGCGCAAAUGCCUAUGCGUCAAGUUUGAGAGAGAAUGCGAUGCGGAUCUCUGUGGAACGUGUGGCGCAACAGAGAUUCUCGAUCCUGUCAAUAGGUACAGUGACGACGUGCUCCGUGACAGAUGCUCGAAUGUCGCGCUGCAAAGAGGUAUACCACGCAAGACACUGCUCGGUCAAUCAACAGUUCACGGCUUUGGCUUGUAUGCAGGCGAAGACAUCAAGAAGGAUGAUUUCAUUGGCGAAUACAAGGGCGAAGUCAUCUCCGUACAAGAGUCUAAUCGUCGGUCGACCAUUUACGGUUAUCAACAGACCAUGUACCUGUUUGGGCUCAACAAGAAUAUAGACGCCACCUACAUGGGUAACAAGCUGCGUUUCAUCAACAACGCAGACAAAAAGUACACCAAUUGCUCGCCAAAGAACCUGCUCUGUAAUCAGGUGUAUCGUAUAGGCCUGUUUGCCAGUACCAACAUUCCAGCGGGCACCGAGCUUUUCUUCAAUUACAAUUACCCAAAGGACCUGACGGCAACAUUCAAACAGCCAAAACAGGCUCAAGGCUCUGUGGUUGCCGUCAAAAAUGCCGUCGUCCCACGGAAACCGAGGGGCAAAGCUCGAGCGUCACACACGGGCAAAACGUCCAGUUCAGCAGUGCCCGGCGAGCCAAGCACUGUAAAGACCAGAGUCGUAAGUGCCAAGGUGAUAGCAGGUCUACAAAAAGCCAGACAAGCAAAAGCGUUGAAGACAGCGGCAAGGUUGGCGGAAUCGCAGGGCGUGCAAGUCGCAACCGCCACCACGCUGCCUAACCGCGGCGGACCACAACGAGCACGGAAAUCCGUCCAAGGCCAUCAUACUCUCCCCGCUGGUUCGACACGCGUGUCAGAGGUACGUAGUGGACAGUCAUCACGCGGGCGCAGCAGCCGCGACUCAAGCGACAGCGACACAUGCGAAGGUGCAGACUCGCGACAAACCGACGAAGUGGAUGAUGAUGAAGAGGAAGAGGGCGACUACUUCCCCCCCGACACCCAAGGCACGCAGGAAUCCACAAACAGGUAUGACGCCCUCUUUACUAGUCGCAGCACCGGCGUGGUCGAGGAGUCAGACGAUGAUAGUGUGACCCCGCAGGGACCUAGACGGUCGCGCAAUAUUGCACCUGUUUUGGCGGUUCGCAAGCGGAGGAAGAAGAUGAGUGGGGUGAGAUUGGAGGCUGGGAGAUUGAAGAGGAGGAGAUCUGUGGUUGCGAAUAGCGGGGAUGCUUACCAUUCGAGCUUGCGACCAGACCAGCGUCACAAGCAUCAAGAGUCUAGCAUCCUGUUUACAUGCCCCACUGCUUCCCUCCUCCUCACACGCCCACCCUCUCCCCCGCCCCGUGCUAUCCUCUGCUCUGCCCCAGCACCCGUCCAGUUUCCUUCCCACCCCCGGCCUCGGACCAUGAGCACAAAGAUGAUCAGUCCCGGAGGCCAGACACACGAGUCCUACCUUGCUGCCACGGGGAUGGAGUAG